CCGCAGCCUGCCAGAGCUCAGCCCGACACAAGGCGACGAGGAGCGGACCGAGCGAGCAUCAGCUGCGGACGCUGGCCGGAUGGUUAAAUCCAACCUACAGACGAUUUUGAAUAGUCAUUGUUUUGUUAGAGAAAAAGAGAGAAACUUAUCCGAGAUGCCCGUUAUUGAGCAGACCAGUAAUAAAACAGAAAGUGAAAGUAUCUCCAGCCCCAGGCGGUGCUCCCACUGUUGCAGUAACCCGUGUCCGGGGCCUCUGUGGUGCUCCGAUGCCCCUCUCCCACCCCUGAAGAUCCCAGGUGGGCGAGGGAAUGACCAGCGGGAUCGCAAUCUUUCAGCUAAGCUAUUCUAUUCUGAUGCUCAGUUGCUGGUUCUUGAGGAGCCCCCUCCUGCCAACAGCAGAGUACGCUUUUUGCUCUUUGAGCCUCGUCGUUCUGAAGGCAAGCACUGUGUCUGGAGGGCAGCGCUGAAAGGGGGGAACCUUUACGUUGAAAUCCCUUCUGGAUCUUUGCCUGAGGGCAGCAAAGACAGUUUUGCUCUUCUGUUGGAGUUUGCUGAAGAGCAGCUGCAGGCUGAUCAUGUGUUCAUCUGUUUCCACAAGAAUCGUGAUGAUAGAGCAUCUCUGCUGCGUACAUUCAGUUUCUUGGGCUUUGAGAUUGUGAGACCGGGUCAUCCCCUCGUCCCCUCCCGCCCUGACGCUUUCUUCAUGGCUUACAGCAUCGAGCGAGACUCCUCGGAUGAUGAUUAAACAACGCUGCGCAGUUACAAGUGUUUGUUGUUCUUCUUUCAAUCCAUACCCACACAUCUUUAUAAUUUUUUGGAAAUGAACAUAAUCUAAGUUCAGUAUGGUUGAGGUUUCCAGGUUUUGUUUGUGUAACCUUUACCUACCAUGUGCUGUGUUUCAAUGAUAUUUGCACUAGGGUAAGAUGUUAAUAUACCAGGAAUGUAAAGCAAGCCCCCGUAUAAUAUCUGGGCAAUGCGUCCUCGCCACUGUAUCACUUUCCGCGACGUGUAGUGCUGACUUCUUUUCAUCCUCCCUGAACACUCCAACAAUCAUCUCUACCGUGUGAUAUUUAUGAUAAAAUUCAAUUCAUCAUACAAAAGUAGAUGUUUCAUAGUAAUUUUCAAUUGAUUUGCCUGUUAAUAUUGAUUUUCUUUUUUAAUGUGUGCAUGAUUUUCAUUUGUUUUGAUUCACUUGAUAGAAAUCUGCAUGUUGUAACUGUACUUAAUAAAAGUGCUCCCAUUAGA